CACGAAGUGGUCCAUUUGCCCGAUCUUUAGUCUUGCAAACAUGUUCAAGCUAGGCAGGCAACUGCACACGCAUAAGGUAUUGCCUUUUGGCUGGCAAAAGCAACGCCACGCCUCCUCCAGUUCAGCGGGCGAGCGCACAGCACUCUACGAUUUCCAUGUGCGUAAAGGCGGCAAAAUUGUCAACUUCGGUGGCUAUGCGCUGCCCGUGCAGUACUCUGACCAGAGCAUCAUUGCCUCACAUCUGUACACACGCCGCGUGGGCUCCAUCUUUGACGUGUCGCACAUGCUGCAGACCUACGUCCGUGGCAAGGAUGCAGCUGCCUGUCUGGAGACCGUGUGCACAGCUGACAUACUGGACAUGCCCCAAGGCAGCGGCAGUCUGACUGUUUUUACCAACGAGCAAGGCGGCAUUCUCGAUGAUCUGAUUGUGAACAAAGUCAGCGAACAGGAACUCUAUGUGGUCUCCAAUGCGGCAAUGAAGCAACAAGACAUGCAAAUCAUGAACUCAGCUGUGUCCCGCUUCAAAUCGCAAGGCAAGGAUGUCUCCAUUGAGUUCUUAAGUCCCGCAGACCAAUCCCUAAUAGCGGUUCAGGGACCGCAGGUAGCGCUGGAGCUAGCAAAGCUGCUGCCCCAGCCAAAGGCUCUGGAACAGCUCUACUUCAUGCGGUCCGCAGUCUUUGAGCUGGCUGGCAUAAGCAAUGUACGCAUUACACGUUGCGGCUACACGGGCGAGGAUGGUGUCGAGAUUUCGGUGCCCUCUUCGCAGGUGGAGUCACUGACUGAAGCGCUGCUAGCAGCUGGAGAGCUGAAGUUAGCUGGCCUGGGCGCUCGAGAUUCACUACGCCUGGAGGCCGGUCUGUGCCUCUACGGCAGCGACAUCGAUGCACAGAUCACGCCCGUGGAGGCAGCGCUCGCCUGGCUGGUGGCCAAGCGACGACGCACCGCAGCCGACUUCCCUGGCGCCCAACCAAUUCUACAGCAGCUGAAAGAGGGCGUGCAACGACGUCGCAUUGGACUACAAAUGCUGGGCGCCAAAGCGCCGCCAGCACGCGCAGGCGUUGCCAUCUUCAGCGAUGGCCAGCAGGUGGGUCAGGUGACCAGCGGCUGCCCCAGCCCCAGCACUGGACGCAACAUUGCCAUGGGCUAUGUGGCAGAACAACUGAAGAAGCCAGGCACAAAGCUGCAGCUGAAGGUGCGCGACAAAUUCUACGAGGCGGAAGUAACGCGAAUGCCCUUCGUCAAAGCCAACUACUACAAUAAGCCCAAGCAAUAA